GCUGAAGCCCCUGUAGCCGCAGGCCCCCAUGGGAUGCCAGACGUCCGCUGCAGAUCUCGGCAGGGCUCUCUCGAGGCGGCCCUAGGGGUGCGCGGGAGGGCGAGGCAAUGGGGCGGAGCCCUGCAGUGGCUCCGCGAAGCGUCCGACUCGGGAGUGAACAGCGGCAAAGGGCACUACACCGUGAUUGUCAGUGCAUGCGGUCAAGGCAGGCAGUGGCACUGGUCGUUGCGGCUUCUGAGCGGUACGCUCGAGACGAGGGCGGAGCCCGACGUCAUCAGCUACGGCGCCGGCAUCAGCGCCUGCGAGAAGGGCCGGCAGUGGCAGCGGGCCCUGUCGCUGCUCAGCGAGAUGUGGGGAGCGAAACUGGAGCCCGACGUCAUCUUCAUUUACAACGGAGGGAUCAGCGCGUGCGAGAAAAGCGGGCAGUGGCAGCGGGCCCUGAGGCUGCUCUGCGAGAUAUGGGAGGUGAGGUUGGAGCCCGACGUCAUCAGCUGCAACGCUGGGAUCAGCGCGUGUGAGAAGAGCGAGAAGUGGCAGCAGGCACUAUCAUUGCUCAGGGGGAUGCCGGAUGCGAUGUUGGAGCCGAACGUCGUCAGUUACAGCGCUGGGAUCAGCGCGUGCGCGAAAGGCGAGCAAUGGCAAAGGGCGUUGUCGCUGCUCAGCGAGAUGUUGGUGGCGAAGGUGGAGCCCAACGUCAUCAGCUGCAACGCUGGGAUCAGCGCGUGCGAGAAGGGUGAGAAGUGGCAACACGCGCUAGUUUUGAUUAGGGAGAUUUUGAAGGUGGAACUGGAGCCCGACGCUAUCACAUACAGCGCUGGGAUCAGCGCUUGCGUGACGGGCGAGCAGUGGCAGCGUGCCCUGUCGUUGCUCCACGAAAUGUGGGAGAUGAAGGUGGAGCCCAAUGUCAUCAGCUUCAGUGCCGGAAUCAGCGCGUGCGAGAAAGGCGAGCAGUGGCAGCGGGCCCUGUCGCUGCUCGUCGCCAUGAGGGAGGCGAGGGUGGACCCCGACGUCACCAGCUGCAACGCCGGGAUCAGCGCGUGCGGGAAGGGCGAGCAGUGGCAGCGGGCCCUGGUGUUGCUCGCGGAGAUGUCGGAUGCGAUGCUGGAGCCCGACGUCUCAGCUACAGCGCUGGAAUCAGCGCGUGUGAGAAGUGCGAGCAGUGGCAGGGGGCCCUGUCGCUGCUCAGCGAGAUGAGGGACGUAAAGGUCGAGCCGAACGUCAACAGUUACAACGCAGGGAUGAGUGCGUGCGAGAAAGGCGAGCAGUGGCAGCGGGCCUUGUCGCUGCUCAUCGAGGCGCAGGAGGCGAAGCUGGAGCCCGACGUCAUCAGUUACAGCGCUGGGAUCAGCGCGUGCGAGAAGGGCGAUCAAUGGCAGCGGGCCUUGUCGCUGCUUCUCGUGAUGGGGGAGGCAAAGCUGGCGCCCAACGUCAUCAGCUUCAACGCAGGGAUCAGCGCCUGUGGCAAAGGCAAGCAGUGGCACUGGGCUCUGUCGCUGCUCUGCGAGAUGUGGGCGGCGAGGGUGGAGCCCGACGUCAUCGACGCCACGGUGCCAGGCGAUCUCCGCACGUUUUUGUGGUUGAUGUCACCUGCAGCUCUGAAAGUGCGACCAGGCUGCCCCCGGGACACCCUGCAGCUCCGGGGUGCCCAGCGGC